AUGUCCUUUUCUGUCACUACAAGUCUGAUGACCUUCGGAGUGGCGCCCUGGCCGCCGCCUGGUCCAAUUCCAAACGCCUUCCAGUUUCACCACCAAGGGGCCAAUUUUGCUGUUUUCCUGAUACUGUUUGCUCUCUGCAUGAUGGAGGUGGUUGUACUCAGGAUCAUCACGGAGGAACAGGCCCGGGAACAAGGCUCUAGAAGCGUCACCUCUAUGUGGUUUGAUUCCGAUGACGACUGAUAUUUCAAGACUGAACAUUUGUGUCCACCCAGCUCCCUGCAAGGACUGACCAUGUAGUCAUUCGAUUUAAGUUCUGCUCAUCAAAUAAGACUAGAUUAACUAUUUAAGAUUGUGUUAACAGCUUUUCGAUGUUGCCAUGUAAAUAAACUCCUUUCACAUUUCAAAAUUGUUAGCAAUCCAGUAAUUGCUUUACUGUUGAAUUACGCGCGGCUUCCGAACAAAUUGUCAAAGGCAUUUUUUUGGCAAAGGUAUAAACUUUUACAGCCAUCUUUUAAAUUUCUUAAUAGUAAAAUUAAAUGCAUUUCUAUAAUUCGCCAGUGUUUCAAAUUUUCUAUUAUUAACGCCAUAGGUAGC